AUGCAUUUGUAUUACUUAAAACAAGGAACUAUUGAAGCUAAUCCUCAUCACCUUGUCAAUCUCAUUCAUUAUGAGGAUGCUGCAUCCCUCUCAGUUGCAAUUUUGAAAAAGAAACUAAAAAAUCGGCUAUUUUUGGGUUGUGAUAAUCAUCCUGUUUCAAGACAAGAAAUAAUGGACUUGGUUGCUAAGAGUGGAAAAUUCGAUCCCACCUUUAUGGGCUUUACUGGCACGGAUGGUCCUUUGGGGAAGAAACUGGACAACUCAAAGACAAGGGAGGAGUUAGGAUGGGAGCCAAAAUAUAAAAGUUUUGCUCAUUUUCUUGGGGUAGCUUCUUGA